AGCACAGAUAAGGUUGGAACAUGGGUAAAGUGAUCCGUCAGUGUCACGUGUAAAUUGCAUGAAACUGUACUUCUGUGUCAAACUAUGUAACACUGUCACAGUUGUCAGAAAUGCCAUAAAUGGUCCAUCGUGGAAUUUAAAAGGGGAAGUUGAUGGCAUGUUAAAGGAGGCCCCAUUGUCUGCAGCAUCAGUCCUGUGUGGCUCGUUGUGUCUGUCGUCCCAACAACAGCGUCAACGCCAUGACCCGUCUGCUGCUCGGUGCCGUGCUGCUGGGGAACCUGGGUGUCUGUGUCACAGCUCAAGGUCUAGUGAUGCUCGCUCCAGCCACCCAGGUGAGGUUUGACUCUGUGGACUAUAAAAACGUGGUGCGCUGGACUCCACCCACCAACAGCAGCUCUCUGCAGUACUACGUCCAGUGGAAGAUUUAUGGCGAGCCUCAGUGGUUGGACGUAGACGGCUGUCAGGGGAUCCAGAAGCACCACUGUGAUCUCAGCGUUGUGACCUCUGACCCCAGAGAGUGGUACUACGCCAGAGUGCACGCCGUCUCCCUGCCCUCCAGAAAAUCAGCCUGGGCCCUCUCCCCGAGGUUCAGCCCACGCUGGGACACCAAAAUCAGCUGUCCUGUAUUGAGGGUGAACGUCACGGAGCGAGGGAUUGUGGUCCGUGUGAAGCCCCCCAGGCUGGCUGUCCGGAAGAUGCACAGCAGUCUGCGAUACAAGAUCUACCUCAUACACACCAAUGGAGAGGAGGUGUUGGAGAUGGACUGCUGCUCGGACAAACUAACUCUGAAUGAGCUGAAGCACAAGACCAAAUGCUGCCUCCAAGCCCAGAUCAUUAUCCCCCUCCAGGCCAAGAGUAGCGCUCGUAGCUCUGUGAAAUGUUUUACUACGCUGUGAUCACACAGACAAACUCUGGCAAUAUGACGCACUGAAUGACUGGACUUUUCAUCCAUCAGUACAGCUUUAAUUAUCCAUCGCUACCUCGAUGGCUGCAGCCAUAAAUAUACAUGCCAAUAAAAGUGAUGCACUUUAUUCUCAAAAGCAUUAAGGAUCUGACAUGUUGAACUGUGUAGGUAAACUUUCACUUUGAGUGUACAGUACUUAGUAUGUACUUAGUAUGAUUUUAGCCUCCAGGAUACAUUGUUUCACUCAAGAGCUUUAUUAUUUUUUUUUUUUUUAAAUACAUUUUGUUGGUGAAAGUUAAUUAGAAAUAGUAGUUUGACAAAAUAAACUUAAAGGUGCAGUAGGUAAGACUUAUAAAACUAAAUUUCUGUCAUAUUUGCUAAAACU